AUGCUUGGGUCCCGAUAUUCGGUCUGCCCAACAGCUUGGACAGGACUUCACAUCCCCCACCGCCCUCACAGGCAGCGACUCCUCGUGGAUCUUCGACCUCGGCACCUCGUACCCCGGCGGGCCCCGCGGUGGGGCACCUCCGAGGUGCAGACCUACACCGAAUCGCCCUCCAACGCGGCCGUGCAAAACGGCGUCCUGACCAUCACCCCACGACUCGCCGGUAGCAGCAGCAACUGGACCUCAUCCCGCCUGCGCACCCACCCCCGGCACGACUUCUCCUGCGCCGCCAACACCCGCCUCCGCAUCGAGGCCCGGAUCCGUCUCGGCACCGCCCCGAGCACCCAGCAGUCCGGCAUCUGGCCCGCCUUUUGGGCUCUCGGCUCCGCCUACCGCGGCGUCUACACCAACUGGCCCGCCGUCGGCGAGGUCGACAUCCUCGAGUCCCCCAACGGCCUGCCCCGCGUCUGGCACACCCUUCACUGCGGGACGAACCCCGUGGACCCUGCGACGAGACCAACGGCAUCGGCGCCUCGGCGGCCUUUCCCCGCGACGGCGCCUUUCACCUCAUCGCCGCCGAGCACGGGGUCGGUCUCCUCCUCCCCGCGUCCCUGGCAGAAUGAGACCAUUACCUGGUUCGUCGACGGUGUUCAGACCUUUCGCGUCACUGGCGCCACGAUUGGUGACGCCCGCGCCUGGGCUGCCCUCGCCCACGACCCCAAGUUCUUGCUCCUCAACGUCGCUGUUGGCGGUUCUUUUCCCGAUGCUGUGGCCGGGGCGAGGACGCCCAAUGCUACGACUCAGGGCGGGCCGGGGGCUGCUAUGGAGGUGGAUUAUAUAGCGAUUUAUAGCUCGUGA